AUGGUGGUGUUCCUGGGCUUAGCGCUGCUUGCAAGCAACAUAGUCCCUCUCUGUGGUGAGUAGCCUGGGUCUGCUUUCAGCUUUGCACUGUCAGUUCUCCGAAUCUGAAGCUGGGCUUUGAUAGAAGCCAACCCUGGAAGGUGUUAACUAAUUAUGAAAACGGUGUUCUGAGCUAGUGCAAACUGUCUUUCCAUCACUCACCUGUUUGGGGCUAGAAUCCACAAUUGAAAGGAGAACUAUUCGUGUAAGUUCAGCGUGUCUAGCUGGAGCAAUCACAAUUUAUUCUUUGGUUUGUCCCCCAAGGCUUCCACAUUAUUGCUGUCCGAAGGGGCUCUAGUGCAAUCAAAGCCGGACAAAAAUAAACCAGAGAAUUUGUGGUGAAGAAGUUAAGGGAUUUCGGCAGAAAGUUGUGGGGGGUCUCUGCAUUGAUUGGAAAUGAAGCCAACAUAAAAGUGACGAGGGACAGAGGAUUGGAGCGAUCAUUCUAUGAUGUUGUGGCAGUGGGGAAGCAUCCUGCACUCUCCAAAUGGCUGUGGAAGAGCUUGGGGAAAUGGGCUGUGGGAUAUGGACCACUCUGCCCUCCAAUCCCUUGCCAUCGCUCUCUGCCGUCUCCUGGCAUCUGCCAACCGAGGCAGCUGCCUCACUCUGCCUCAUCUGAGAAUCCAAAAGCAACACAGCAGGCUAAUAAUAUAAUUACAAUACUUUUAUAUCGCUAUUGAAUUAUAUCUUAAUUUACAAUCAAAUAACUUACACUACAUACAGUAGUGAUAUAAAAGUAUUGCAAUUAUAUUAUUGGCCUACCCUGUUGCCUUUGGAUUGUUAGAUUGUUCUGUUUGCAACAGAAGGGAUCUUUUUUGUUUCACUCUGCCGCAUGGCAGAGCCAGCCCUUUACAGUGUGAUAGGAAUUUUAUGGUCUUAGAUAUAUGGUAAUGUUCAUAACUGCACAUACAUUGAUCAGCACAGGAAGACCAACCUGGAACCAUUUUGAUUCCUAAACUGACCAAAUGUUUUCUCUGCAAGGUCAAAGUGGAAAAGCCUCCCCAUUGUCUUUUCCUUCACAAAUCCUGUCUUAAGCGUAUAUCUGUGUUUGAAUAAGGUGUGAGCCUGUGACCUGGCCCAGGAACUAAGUAUUUAUCACUACAAAAGAAUGACCAGGCUACCCAGGAAAUCCAAUCAAGUAACCUGCCAGACAGGAGAUAAACAGCGACAGGAGAAAAACAACAUGCAAAUGUUCUCUUUUAGACAGCUUGUGUGUGUGUGUGUGUGUGUGUGUGUGUAUGUAUGAUGUUUCUGGGGGUGGUCUUGAUCUACAGGAUGGGAAUUUCAAAAGUCUUUAUAAGGCCUUGCAUGCGAUUUUUCUGGGUCCUCCUCCUUUCCUCCAUGUGAGGGGAGCACCCUGUUGCAACAGAUCAAUAAAGAUCAAGCGUACUAGCUGCUUUGCUUCUCAAUAUUCUCUGGUUGGCCUCUGUUAUUUUCUCCUACCAAUAGGGAACCUAUGUAAGGACUCUAUAUGGGCUCUUGGAUACCCCAUAAAGGAAAAGGGCUAUUUUUGUUUACAACAACAGCAGGAAACAAGAGUGCAAAAACGAGAGUCAUAAAACAAUACAGUGGUACCUCGGGUUAAGAACUUAAUUCGUUCUGGAGGUCUGUUCUUAACCUGAAACUGUUCUUAACCUGAGGUACCACUUUAGCUAAUGGGGCCUCCUGCUACUGCUGUGCUGCCGGAGCACGAUUUCUGUUCUCAUCCUGAAGCAAAGUUCUUACCCUGAGGUAAUAUUUCUGGGUUAGCGGAGUCUGUAACCUGAAGCGUAUGUAACCUGAGGUACCACUGUAAUGUAAAAGAGUCAGUUCAGUGGUUAGUGGACACAGUGUCCUGGUAGGAUCUGGGAUACCGGGGUUCUGAUCUGCACUCGACCACAGAGUUCGUCGGGUGACCUUGAACCCAUCACACACACUCUCUCUCAGCCUAACCUGCCUCACAGGGUUGUUGUGAGGCUGGAAUGGGGAGUGAGAGAACCAUCUAUGCCACCUUGAGCACCUGGGAGAAAAGGUGCGAUUGAAAUGUAAAAUAAAUAAACAGUCACGGUCGGCUUGAUAGAGAGUUUUUGGGUACCAGUGUUCCUCCUUUUGUGAAGCGACCUAUGUUUGCUAUCUUGUUGCUUGCAUUGUGAACUUUAUUUGAUGGCUUUUUGUUUGAAAUGAUGUGCACCAGGGGGAGGGAGCAGAGCUCAGCAGUAGAGCACAUGUUUUUAUGUAGAAGGUCUCCACUUCAAUCCCUGGAGUUAAAAGGGAUCAGGCAGCUGGGGGAAGGAUUCAGCCAGAGACCUUGGGCUUGUGUGUAGUCAGAACAGACAGUACUAAGAUUAGAGAUAGGGGAGAAAUUUGAUCCUGUUUGCAUUUCAAGGCCAACGUGCCUAAUUAGCACUUGCUGGAUUAAUAUGAGAACCAAAACUCAGCUUUCCUUCAUAAUUUGAACUUGUCUGAAUCUUGCAGUGCAGUUCUCCAGCUAAGUAAUGUGUACUAAAAUGCAUGUACUGCAGGUGUGCCUAAAAAUGUAUAUUAGGGAUGCAAAAAUUAUUAGGCAAAGAUGUGUAUAUUUGGCAAAAUUGCAUUAAAAUGCAGCAAGAGAAAUAUGUACUAAAAGGAUGGUGAAUUUUCGUGAUGACUUUUUUUACAAAUUGCAAACCGAUAUGGAAAUGGGGAGAACUGGAUUUAAGGCAGAAAAAAAGAGAAACUGAGAAAGACUGAAACUGGCAAAUUCACCCAUCCCUAACUCAGACAAAUCCACAAAUACCCUGUCCUUGCAAAACAGGCUUUGCGUCUCUUGGGUCUCAAACAUGUUGCAUUAUUGUUUGCAAAAUUCAUUUUUGCAUAUUCAGUGACUGCAAAGCUGGGUGGUGGUGGCGGCUGAAUGAAAAUUGUGAUCACACCCAUUACGUUUGCUCACAACUCUCACCAACUUCAGCGGAAGGUAGAAACAGAAUGUAUACAUGUGCCAGUGGCAAGGGCACAGGCUCUCUCCACAUGACCACACACUCCACAAAUAACAGAGUAUUCUACUGUACAUGAUGCAGAGCUGAAAUACACUCAACUGUUUGCGCUGACCUUUGAUUAAACGUAGAGAAGUUGGGGACGAAAUUUGCAGAACCUGGAGAAACCUCUUCUGCUGGCAGUAAAUUCCUGGGUCACCAGAGUCUGCCACGUAUGAAUAAACCCCCAAAUUGAGAAAGAGAAGGAAGGCAAAAUCAAAGAUAACUCUGUUCGCAAAUGUAACUGGGGAAGAACAAAUAAAUCUGAAUUUGCUGUUUGGAGACAUAUAGAAAUACAAUGGAAUUUCACGUCAUUAUACAGAAGACUUCACAUUUUAUUCUUUCAUCUUAAAUAAGAUAGAAAAACAAGAUAUGAAACUUCUUUGUGUGUUUGUGUAAAGUCAUUAUAUUUAGUCAAUGCUUAGUUGACUGUCCUAUUACUAUUGUAGUAUUAUUAUUGGUAUUAUUAGAAGCAUAAAUAACUCAUGUAACAUUAACUUAUGUGUGUUUUCUUUUCCUUCCUUCCUUCCUUCCUUCCUUCCUUCCUUCCUUCCUUUCUUUCUUCUUUCAUAAUUUGUCAUUCAACAAUAAAAAAGAACUGCCAUGCACCUAGCUGUAUGUUCUUAGGGCUUAUUCACAUUUUGCUUGACCCGUAUUUUGAUCGUAUCGGGUAUUGUUUAAUUCCCCUGGUUCUGAGGGCUUUUCUCAUUUUUCUGCAGCCGUGCCUCUCAAAAAUCAGAUCUUACCCGCUGAACUGAAGCUCGUUUUUUAAGCAAAACCUCUCUUUGGAUUUUCUGUGCACCUGGUAAGAUCUGAUUCGGCAGGUAAGAUCGGAUUUCGCAAGGCACAGCUGCAGAACAACAUAAAAGCUCUGGGACUUGAGAAAAUGAAUCGGUACACAAAACAAUCAAAAUAUGGGUCAAGCGAAUGUUUCAAAGGUUGGGGGGGCAGGUGCAAUCCUUCCUCUUUCCACAGCCCCUUUUGGGUGCUUCCCUCAUGCAAUUUCAAUUGCACAAGGGGGAAGAGCGAGGCUGCGCUUCCUGCCCCCCGCCACAUUUGAUGCGCCCUUGUCGCCUGGGGUGUCUGCCUCUCUCGUGCUCUGAAGUCCUUAGGCUUACAGCAGGCUUCCUGCUGCAAAACGUUACCCUUGCAACAUGCUGGAGGCACAUGGGCUGAGGCACCAGAAGGGUCAAGAUGAGGCCAAGAAAUGUGACCCCAGUCUCCCAUUUAUGCCCUUGGAAGUGCAUGAAGUGAGGGACACGGGUGGCGCUGUGGGUUAAACCACAGAGCCUAGGACUUGCCGAUCAGAAGGUUGGCGGUUCGAAUCCCCGCGACGGGGUGAGCUCCCGUUGCUCGGUCCCAGCUCCUGCCAACCUAGCAGUUCAAAAGCACAUCAAAGUGCAAGUAGAUAAAUAGGUACCACUCCGGCGGGAAGGUAAAUGGCAUUUCCGUGCACUGCUCUGGUUAGCCAGAAGCGGCUUAGUCAUGCUGGCCACAUGAGCUGUAUGCCAGCUCCUCGGUCAAGAAAGCAAGAUGAGCGCCGCAACCCCAGAGUCGGCCAUGACUGGACCUAAUGGUCAGGGGUCCCUUUACCUUUAAGUGCAUGAAGAGGAAAGCCCAACAAGGACUCAAUGGGUUUAGGGUACACGCUCCUGUAUGAAAAGGACGUGCGUUUAUCCCAUUGCACAACAGGCUUAUGGUACAGGAAACUCCCUAUUUAUGUGGGGGUUAUGAUCUACGCCUUUGCAGAUGUAACUGAAAUUGCGUAUAUUGGGAGCAUCCUGGGGAGUCUUCCUGGCUCACGAGGAGACCCUCUCUGACUUGCAGGGUAGCUCAGCAGCCUCCGCUUCCUCGUGCAUCAGCUGUGCAAGCUGCAGCGUCCCUCCAGCUCACGUGCAAAACAUCUGUAGGUCUUUUGCUCUUUUUAGGGUUCUGAGCACUGCUAGUCAUUUAUUCAGCUAGCCAAAUAUGUCUGCCCUUGCUUGCAGAACCAGCAUGGGACAGGCAGGAGCUCUGCAAAUUGCUUUAGGGAUCGGGCUGGGACGUAAGGCAAAACGGCGCAUCUCUUUCUUGCUGUUUAAGGACCUACUGUAUGUCCACUGCAUACCCCCUACAAUAAUAAUUUGCUAAGAGCAUUGGGCUAAGACCAGUGGAGGCCGCUCCGUUAGUUAAUAGGACCCUGACCCACCAACCUAAGUCAAUCUCACUUGGCUGACCUCUUUCUUACAAUCUUGGUCCAGGGGGUAGUACUGCCUAUCAGCCUCCUUCUUCCUUACUAUCUGCUGCUCUUGUGACUUGUCAAGCUCAGCAGGGAGGAUGGGGACAAAGCUAGAGUUAGUUUGACUCUGGCUGCACCUAACGUUGGGUCCCUUAUCUUCUGCCCUACAAGUCCACCCCUUGCUAGGACUGGGGGAAUCUGGGCUCAACCCUUGCUCAGCAGUGAAGCUCACAGGGACCUGUUCUAUCUGUUAAGUAUAUCUCAGCCUAAGUUACUUCGCAGGGCUACUGGGAGAAUCAGUGCAGGGGGGCCUUCCAUGUCACCCGAAACUCUUUGUAGUAAAGGAAGCAUAAACACAGAAUGAAAUUAACAUUAUGCGUGCAGGAAUCUGAGUAUUUCUUGUGGUGUUUUCACAAAGGUCUUGCUAUGGAGGGUCACCUAGUCCACAUGGGAAGUUGCAAAUGCCAGAAGCACACCUUCACGGCCUUUGGCCCAAAACAGAUCCAAUCCAUUCAAGUCAUUCCCAAGGGAAUACAGUGCGGGAGGACAGAAAUAAUGUAAGUGAAGCCAGCACGCCCACAUCCUACCAUUUUGAAGAGGGUGAGGAAGAACGCUAAUAAUGACCUCAUCCUUACGUUUCAGAUUAACCCUGAAAAGCAAAUGGCAGGUCUGUGUGGCACCUACUGCCCAGUGGGUGCAGAAAUUGCUGAAGAGGCUGAUAAAGAGGUACGAUUUUGCAUAUUCAGUUACAGCUGGGGCUUCCUUGGUGACUUCCCUUGGCACCUACCAAGGCCCUCAGACCCUCCAUUUUUUAAAAAAAGGUUUUUGUUUGUUUGUUUAGCUGCUUGGUGGAAGGGCUUGCUUGACUUUCUGUAUGAAUUUUGCUUGUUUGGGGGGAGAUUGUAGGUAUUCUGCUCCUUUUACAGGGAGGGUUCUGAGCUGUGCCAGUUUUCCUUCUGCAAAACAGGUGUUAUAUGUUGCCCGCAACAGAUUUGCAGAAGUGCCCUGAAGCCUCCCAAAAUAUGAGGGCCUCCUGAUUUAGGAGAAUGCGGAGUUUUAUUUGAUAGUCAAGAAAAAAUUCCAGCAACACGCAAAAAGCAGUGGUCCUAAUAUUGUUCUCACCUGCAUCCAGCCAAUGUAGAUAUUAUAUGCUUAAUCAAGCUGCUCACUGGCGCAAGAACCAGCCCUGUACCAAGUCAGGGCAUUCACAAAUCUAGCUUAGUAUCAUCUAGAAUAGGGUUACAAGACGUCCCCAGUUCCCGGGGACAGUCCCUGGAUUUGCAAAUCUGUCCCCGGACAAAUUCCAUCCUCAGGAUGUCCCCAGAUUUGCAAAUCUGUCCCCGGGAAACGUGGCAGCGGCAGCCUCAGCAGCCUGGUAGUGCAGUUGGCUCUGGCUGGCUUCAGGAGCUGCUCACUGCCACGGCGCCCGCCAUUUUCCUGCGCCACGGCAGUGAGCAGCCAGCAGCUCCUGAAGCCAGCCAGAGCCAACUGCACUACCAGGCUGGCUCCUCCUGGGCAACGCCUGCCCGCCCAUGAUUCCUGAGCCUCCCCCGAUCUGUCAAAACAAAGGGGGAAGAUCGGGGAAGGCUCGGGAGUCACGGGCGCGGGGUGCGCCAUUGCCCAGUUUUUUAAAAACCUCUAUGCAUUUAUGUUUCACAGGGUGCGAAAGAAGGGCUUUGCACCUUUAUACAAUAUGCAUGUGUGCUUGGGCCCAGGGUCUUUUGCCUCUCCAUCCCCACUACUGACUCCCUGUUGCUACUCAGCUUUUAAAAAAGGUGUUCCCAGAUUCAUUAAAAAAAAUCUGGUAGCCAUAAACUAAAACAGACUAUAACUGCCAGCCAGGGAUGAUGGUAGUUGUAACCCCAAAAGAGCUGGAAACUCAAGUUUGGGAAACACUGAUCUAGAAGAACUUGCAGCGAUUCUCCAGGGUUUCAGACCCAAGUCUUUCUCAGCCCCACCUAUAAAUGCCAGAGACUUAAUCCAGGGAUACUUGCAUGCUCUACCACUGAGCUGAAGCUCUUCCCUUCAUCUUUCAUGCAGAAGUUAAGUCUGAAAUUUGCUACAUGGGUAAAUGCAAGCCAAGCAGCCCAAACUCUCAGUGUAUAACCAGGAAAAACUAACGCUUGGCACACACAUCGUCUAAGGCACCCCAAUGACCAAAAAAUUCUAGAAAUGGGGACCUUUCACACCUGUCCCUUAAAAUAUGAUUGUGUGUUAUUGUUGAAUAGUCCAAGUCACCUGAAUCAUAGGAAAAAUCUGAAAAACCAAGCAUUCUUUAAUGUCCCGUCCCAGAGCAAAGAACACAAAAUCCCUGUGUAGAUGGCAUGAAUCGCUGAGCUAAUCCAUGCACGGUUUUCUGCUGAAAAGCAGUAGGAGGAGGUGCCUUUUAGAGGAGCUGCAGCGAGGGAUGCUUAACCCAACACCCUGCUUUUUCACAGCUUCUACACACCAUUCCCAUGAGGUUCAAGCUCAGCAUACACCUGUAAUUCUGCUGGGGGAAAGCAGCUGAGGAGGGUUGCAACAAGAACGUGGUUACAGGAAAGGGUCAAGUCCCUCUUCCCUCCUCCUGCUUCUCUUCUGAAAACGGUUCCUCUCCAGGUGCUACUUUUCAUUCAAGAAGCAGGUUGUAGGGUGGUGGUGGUUUUUUUUUUUUUUUUAAAAGGUUAUGAUUGAUUUUCCUAUAUGUCCAGUUUAGCCUGAACACUAACAGCAAAGGGACUGUGCCAUGAAUGAGGAAGUCUGCAGUUCGGUCUACCAUGAUCUCAUUUUUAAAGCCUUACACACCUUAAGGAAGUCAUAUGACUUCUCCCAAAGAUUCCUGGAAAUUGCAGUUUAACCCUGACAGAGCUACAAUUUCAAGAAACUGCGGCUCCCAAGGUGGAAGUCAUGUCCUUUAAAUGUAUGGUUUAAGUAUGCAGCUGUCACUAGCUGACCUUAGGGCAAGGAAUCUCUGCUCUCCAUUUGCAAUAUGGGGACAAUACUAGCUUACUUUGCUGGGUUGUGUAAGGAUUAUAAAGUAGCUUAAUUUGAACACUCAGAGGUAUUAUUUUUACUUUUGGGGGAGGUGAAGGGUGCCCAAAUCCCUCCACAACAACAAACAGCCAGGGCACUACACUUGUUCCUUAUCGCUUCUGAUGGGAGCCACUUAUGAAUGUGCCAUCCUUACUGCGAAGAACAUCUGUGACAGUCAUGGCUUAAGUAAUGGAAUUUAACCAGUUUCUCUUUUACUAAUUUCAACAUAUAGCAGCCAGUGA